GGUCCACUCGAGGGUCCUGUUCUACAGACCGUCCUUGUGCGUCUCGUUUUCCUCCAGCAGUGUUUCUGUUGUGUUGAGCUCAGCAGAAAACCUCAGUGGAGAGUGUGUGAGAGUGUGUGUGUGUGUGUGUGUGUGCUCGGUCAGGGUCAGUGAGAGCACGCGGCGGGAAAUGACUGCUAAUCUCUCCCGGAGUUAAGAGGAGACAUGGACACACUCGGGUCUCGUGGUUAGUUCCCGCGCUCUGACACACUCACACACACACACACACACACCAGAACAUCAUCGCCAAACGGAGGCCAGAGGAUGCUGGACAGAAAUAUCUUGUUUGGAGUGAUUGACAGGAGCAGCUGAGGCACUGAAGGUGGGCGGUUGGUUCGGUUACACUAUCUCUGAGCAGAGCGAACCCAACGGUGUCUCCGGAGCGCAGCGCUGUCAGGGAGUGUCUUCGCUCGACGUGUUUUCCUCGGAACUGAGAAUGGACAGUAAACACUGAUUUCAAUCUGGCAACCCGGUAACCUCGUGCGCAUUGAACACUGCGUGUGCCCUGAGUGUGUGUGGGUGUGUGUGUGCUCGGAAAUCAGGAGGCGAAGUGUGGAGGCUGUAGCAUGGGACAGCAAUGUUGUCCAGGGAAGGUAUCAUUCCUGACGAUUAUGUCCUGACCCGGCUGGCGGAGGAUGUGCUGCAACCCAAAUUCAAGUCGAAACCGAGGAAGUCGCGCUUUGUCGCCAAGAACGGCGCGUGCAAUGUAGCGCACACCAACAUCCGCGAGCAGGGCCGCUUCCUGCAGGACGUGUUCACCACGCUGGUGGACCUGAAAUGGCUUUACACGCUGAUCAUCUUCACCAUGUCCUUCCUGUGCAGUUGGUUCCUGUUUGGGAUGAUCUGGUGGCUCAUCGCUUUCGCGCACGGGGACCUGGACACGAACGCGGACGGGUUCGUGCCGUGCGUCACCCAGAUCCACUCGUUCUCCUCGGCGUUUCUGUUCUCCAUCGAAGUGCAGGUGACGAUCGGGUUCGGGGGGCGCAUGAUCACGGAGGAGUGCGUGUCCGCAGUGAUCGUCCUGAUCAUACAGAACAUCGUGGGCUUGGUGAUUAACGCGAUCAUGCUAGGCUGCAUCUUCAUGAAGACGGCGCAAGCGCGCCGCCGCGCCGAGACCCUGAUCUUCAGCAAGCACGCGGUGAUCUCGCUCAGGAACGGCAGGCUGUGUUUCAUGGUGCGCAUCGGCGACCUGCGCAAGAGCAUGAUCAUCAGCGCCACAGUGCGCAUGCAGCUCGUCCGCCGCAGCAGCACGGACGAGGGCGAGGUGAUUCCUCUGGAGCAGAUCGACAUCCAGACGGACAACCCGGUCGGAGGCAGCAGCAUCUUCCUCGUGUCGCCGCUCAUCAUCAGCCACGUGAUUGACAAGAGCAGCCCCAUGUAUGAGCUUUGUGCUGAAAGCUUACAGAGCGAGAACAUCGAGGUGGUGGUGGUGCUGGAGGGCGUGGUGGAGACCACCGGCAUCACCACACAGGCGCGGACGUCGUACGUGCCGGAGGAGAUCUUUUGGGGCCAUCGCUUCGUGCCUACCGUGUCCGAGGAUGACGGCAUGUACGCCGUGGAUUACUCUAAGUUCGGCAACACGGUCAAGGUGCCCACGCCGACCUGCAGCGCCCGGAAGUUGGACGAGGAUGAGGGAGUGGUUUGGUUUAAAUCGCAAGACCUCACAUCCGCCAGGGCGUCUUUGCGCAGGCGAGUAAAACGACAAGCGACUCAUCACGAUGAGUGAACGACGAGAAUAACUCAUUGGGGGGAGAAAAAAAAAUCAUUCAUCACAGAUAGGGCUACUACAUGCGGAUCCUUUUUAAAAUCAUAUAUUAAAUGCUUGAGAAUUAUUCUAUAUUUUUUCUUAAAAUGAGAAUGUUUUGUAUCGGCUUUGCACUUUGUCGAAAUGCUGCAGAGAUGAUGUUAAGCAAUAAAUGAUUAAGUUUGUGUAAAAGCAUUACUACCUUUACUAUAUGCCAAACCUUAGCCUAUUUCUUUUUUUUUUUUAUAGGUAGGCAAGUUGUCAAUAAAUUAUUCAUCAUAGAUAUGCACGGUUAAGUGAUAUUUUUCCCCAAAGGGAAUCUCAGAGUGACGUAAUAGUUUGCUAUAAAUAAAUGCCCCUUCGCACUGGUCUUGGCAUGCAAAUAAACUUGACUGUUCUCAUGA